AUGGCGCUUUCUAGAUCUCUGGUUUUAGCUGUGAUUGGUUGGGUCACGUUCAUCUGUCUUGAUGCACAAAGAACCACAACUAUAAAUUGUGACACAACACCCAACCCACUCAUGCUGUCAGGCUUUUUGGAUGAAUACACAGGCGAUAUAGAAUGGAUUACAAAUAUCCCACCCAAUGUGAAUUUGCAAUUAAAAGAAUAUCUGUUCCCUGAACACGUACCGUAUGUGGAGCUAGUAUAUAUUUCUGGAUCUAAUAAUGCAACAGUGCGGACUCAUAAGCCACUGGAUGUCGAUUCUAUUGAGACUAACGCGAUAGAGAACGCACGGGACUUAGUCUUGGACGAUGUAAAUGACCAUUCUCCACAAUUUCUACAAGCUCACUAUAGCACUUCAGUAUCAGAGGUGUCUCCAAUAAAUGCCACGGUUAUAAAAGUGGAAGCUCUGGAUAAAGAUUUUUCACCUUUCUUCAGCGUCAUUACUUACAGACUUUGGGGUCCAAACUCCGAUUACUUUUAUAUAAGGGAAGGAGAUGGAAACAUCAUGGUGAACAAAACAUUUGAUUACAACAAGGUCAAACUUUUCAACUUAACAGUCCAAGCAAAGGAGAAAUUUGGAAACAACAGUGAUACUGCAUCGUUACUAAUUAAUGUAGAAGAUUAUGAUACAUUGAACCCCUAUUUCAGUCAAUCAGUAUACAAUGGAAAAAUCAGUGAAAACCAGUUGGGUCCUCUGGCUAUUCUCCCAGAGAAGAUAUUGGCUAAAGAUGGAGACACAGGUAUAAACGAAAAAGUAGUUUACAGCAUCAAACUAGUGAACCCCCCGGCCUAUAGCAACACCUUUUCAAUCAAUGCAGACACUGGAGAGUUGGAAGUAAAGACUGCAAUUGACAGAGAAGAAUGUCCGUAUCUUGUUGUGGGCAUCCAGGCAAGUCAGCAAGACAAUAUUUUCAAAACAGCUGAUGCAACAGUGCUGGUUACCGUUGAAGAUGUGAAUGACAAUCCUCCAGUGUUGUCACAAUCAAGUUACAAUGUCUCAAUUCUAGAAAAUGUCCCAAAUGGAAUGGAAGUUCUUCAAGUAACAGCUAUUGACAAAGAUGAGGUCACUGCUAAAGAUCAUUUGCCACGUUACGAUGAGGUAAACUCUACAAUCAACAUAUUGUUGCUAGAUGAAAAUGACAACAGCCCAACCUUUAGAGGCACGCCAUAUAAACAAGAUGUUUUCAUCAACAUGACUGCAGGAAAGCCCAUUCUUCAGGUUGCUGCUGAUGAUCCGGAUGACGGUAUAAAUGGAGAGAUAAGCUUUAUCUUAGCUGGUGGCAAUGAAGAUGGAUACUUUGAAUUGGAUACAUCCACAGGACAAAUCAGUUUAAAGACAGUAAUCCCAUUAGGAGUCAACCAGCUUAAGAACUUUGUCUUGUGGAUAACAGCUGUUGAUGGUGGGACAAUUCCAAGGAGUUCAUCAGUGCCAGUACAAAUCUCUGCAGUUGGAGAUUCCAGACCACAGUUUAUUCGGAAAACCUAUAAUGUUUCUGUGGAAGAGGAGCUAGUCAGUCCUGUUGAAGUAGCAAGAGUAGAGUAUGAGUCUUUAAAUCCCCAUAUACCGGUUAUGUUUCAAGUACUGACGGAAUCUGCUACAUUUGACAUCGACGUCAACGGAAUCAUCUGGACAAAAACCAAACUGGACUAUGAAUCCCAGAAUAAUUACAUACUAAAUAUUUCCUUGUCAGAUGGAAAUGCUACUGAUUAUGCUGUAGUGUUUAUCAAAGUUACAGAUGUCAAUGAUAACAGUCCUGUGUUUGGUAUAACCAGCACUACCAUUACCAUUCUGGAGAACAUGCAAGCUGGAACUAGUAUUGCCAGUGUGUCAGCUACAGAUGUGGAUCAGGGCUUUAAUGGAUUAGUGGUUUAUACUCUGAAAGGUGGAGAAGGAAAAAUGGAUAUUGACACCUCGGGAUUAAUUUUGCUGGAAAAGAAAUUGGACAGAGAAACACAAAGCCUCUAUAACUUAACAGUGAUUGCCAGUGACCAAGGCCAACCCGUGCUGUCUACAGCUCUCAAUUUGACAGUCAUUAUUGACGACGUGAAUGACAACCCUCCAGUCUUCUCAUCAAGUAGAUACGAAGUGAGCGUCCCUGAAGACGAAGUGCUUGGAAGGGCACUGCUGGCGGUAUCUGCUACUGAUUUGGAUGCCGGGGCCAAUGCUCUUGUGAAGUACAGAAUUGUUAGCCAGCGACCUCCAACCUCCCUGCCAGCGUUUCUUGUCAAUUUGACCACAGGCCAGCUCAGCCUGAGCCAGCAGCUGGAUUAUGAAACCAUAAAGCAAUUUGAAGUAGAAGUGGAGGCAUCAGAUGGAGGGCAGCCAAGUCUCAGUGCUACAACACUUGUUGUUGUGCGUGUACUAGAUGUCAACGAUAACCCACCAGAAUUUAAUCAGACAGUUUAUAAUAUAUUUGUGUUUGAAAACCUGCAAAAGGGUAGUCCUGUCUCCACCUUCAGUGUUACUGACAAGGAUGAGGUAUGGGCAGUUGAUGCUGAAACCAAUGGGCUUAGUUCAAGUGCCUUGUUUCACAUUACUGUUUUGGAUGUCAAUGAUCAUAACCCUGAGUUUUGGAUGCAGCCAUACAGUUUUACGAUUCUGGAAGCAGAUUACACAUUGGGUGCUCCUCCUAGAGUUGGACAUGUGACUGCUACUGAUUUGGAUGAGGGAGAGAAUGCACGAAUUACUUACUACUUAUCAGCCGAGGACGGGGAUAAUCCAUAUAGCAUCCAACAGGAUGGCACCAUUUUGGUUAAUGGCCACGUAGACCGAGAAACGAAAGAGAAGUAUGAGCUGCUGUUGGUGGCGUCUGAUAACGGAGUACCUCAAAGGCAGAAUUUCACCUAUGUCAGCAUUCAAGUAUUAGAUGUGAAUGAUAACCCCCCUCGGUUUACGAAAGCGCAAUACUCGGCCAGUGUACGUGUAGCAACAGCAAAAGAAGGAGUGUCUGUACUAUCUGUGUCUGCUACUGACGCUGACCUUGGCAACAAUUCUGUCAUUUCAUACAGCCUCAUGAGCCAUUCUGAUGAUUUCCGUAUAAAUAACCACACUGGAGAAAUCACCCUCAGCAGUAACUUGGACCAUAUCACAGCUGACACAGUUCUUACACUGAUAGUUACUGCUGCUGAUCAUGGAGCUCCUCAGCUUACAUCAAAUGCCUCUGUUACUCUCUACUUGCUGGUAAACGACACUAGCUUCGGACUGACCUUCGAUAGCUCCAGCUAUGAGUUCAGCAUUCAAGAAGAUGAACCAGCUGGGACUGCUGUUGGCUCUGUGAAGGCUCUGACUGGAAGCAUAGCCGUACAAGUAGCGUACUCUCUGAAAUCUCAUAACGACAAGUUCUCCGUUAGCGACCAAGGAGAGAUUGUGGCUCUUGCCAGGCUAGAUCGUGAAGAAGAUGACCUAUACAGCAUCAUUGUAGAAGCUGUUGAUUCUGUGGUGCCACCCAAUACAGCUGUUGCUUUGGUAACUGUGAGAGUAAAUGACAUCAAUGACAAUCCUCCAGUUUUCUCAACAUUGAUUCAAACUAAACUAUCAGCUCCUGAGAACGCAGCUAGUCUAGACUUGGGCGUAUUUUCUGCUACUGAUCUGGAUAUAGGAGUUAACGCAUUUAUAAGCUACUCUCUGCAAGAUGAUUUUGCUGGAAUGUUCCAUAUUAACAGUUCUACUGGCAAGCUGAUGACCAAAAAAUCCUUAGACAGAGAGACGAUGGACAGUUAUGAAUUGAAAAUAAUAGCCACUGAUUCUGGCACACCGGUGCUAUCUGCAAGCUUAUUUCUAAGCAUCACUGUAGAAGAUGUGAAUGACAACCCCCCAGUGUUCCCACAGAAAUCAUACUCCGUGACUGUAAAAGAGAAUGAGCCUCCGCAUGUGAUUUUGAGUGCAGCAGCCGCAGAUGAAGAUACAGGGUACAAUGCCAUUAUUCAUUACACCAUAAUUGGAGAGACUUCUUCAUUUCAUGUUGGAGAACUUUCUGGAAAUAUUGCAACUCUUCAACCUCUGGACUAUGAAAGUCGUUCCCAGUAUACAUUUAUUCUGCAAGCUUUCAAUCCUGGCGAGCCAAAUCUCCAGGACACAGCAAACAUUACAGUUACCGUGGAAGAUGUUAAUGAAGAAGGACCCAUAUUCGACAAGCCCUCAUAUUACCACAUCCUUCUAGACAAUUCUACAGCUGGCACACCGGUGGUAGAUAUCAAUGCAAGAGAUGAAAGCAAGGGUUAUGAUGAAGGCAUUUUCUACAAUAUUUCAGGUGGAAACUCAGAAGGCCUCUUUAGUCUUUCCAGUACCACAGGAGAACUCAGGUUAACAAGAGACUUAUCCAAACAGGCUGUUCCCCUCUAUUACUCCUUGAUGGUCACUGCUACGGAUUCAGGUCUGCCGCCUCUUUCAAGUUCUGUAAAGGUGUCAAUAACGAUAGCUCCCAUCAACAUUUCAUUCCCGGUGUUCUCUGAAGCAGUCUAUCAGCCUGCCCCUCUGAGUGAGAAGACGCUGCCUGAUACGUUUGUUGUACAGAUCAGUGUGUUGUAUAAGGUCCCUGUGAUAUACACUAUUGUACUCGGAGAUGAGAAGGGGUAUUUCGUUAUUGAUUCAUCCACUGGUAUUGUAAGAACAAGAAAGAAUUUGAAACUGGAGGAUUUUCCAGUCAUUUUCAACGUGCGUGCCACAGAUUCAUCUAAUCCUAGCAUAUUUAAUGAAGCUUCUGUGAAUGUGGAAGUUAUUGACGAAAAUGAUUUCCCUCCAGUUUUCCCAUCUCCUCUGCUAGAAGCAACAUUGGAAGAGAAUUUACCCGCUACUCAGAUCGUCCAGCUGAAAGCUCAGGACAGUGAUACAGGUAGAAAUGGUUUCCUAACAUACGGCAUUCUCAGUGGAGGCGGACUAAAAUUCAGGAUAGAUGCAGCGACUGGAAUUCUUUAUUCCAAUGCCUCCUUUGAUUAUGAAGAGGAACCUACAGAGUAUCAGGUUGUGAUAUAUGCUGAAGAUGACGGAAUCCCUGAGAAGAAAAGAGGGUACUGCACAGUUGUCAUAAAGAUCGUUGAUGUUAAUGACUGGCCACCUGUCUUUGAUCCAGUGACUGAAUUCAGUGUAAAUGAAAAUGCGCCUGUGGGAUUAAUAGUCGGAAAAAUCACAGCAACAGACAGAGACACAGGAGACAACGCCUUUGUUCUCUAUAGCCUUACAGGUGGUGGAGGAAAUAUAUUUGAAAUAGAUGAAAUACAUGGCAACAUUAAGAUAAAGAACUCUCCAGACUACGAAACCACGAAUAAAUACAGCCUUACAGUGAACGCGGUCAACAAUAAAUCUGCCCCUUUCCAUCAGGCAACUACUCAUGUCACUGUUCUAGUGAUUGAUGUGAAUGAUAAUGCUCCGGUAUUUGCUCAGAAUUCCUAUUCAGCUUCUAUAAACAUGAUUAAUCCUGUAGGUGCUCAUGUCAUAACUGUGAGCGCUACCGACAAAGAUCAGGGGCAAAACGGCCUUAUUGAGUACUACAUCCUCCCUGACCCAGACUCCAGCCCGUUCUUCCUGAUAGAAGAUACCAGCGAGGGGAAAAUAAUUACAACUGGAAACCUGUCUCGAUCUGGAGAGAUCCAUUUAACAGUGAUGGCUAAGGACAAAGGCUCUCCAUCUUUAAAUAACACUGCUGUGAUAACUCUUAAUGUGUUUGACAACCGUCCGUUUGUCCCUCGGUUUAACGAGAGCGAAAUCAGCAUUUCCGUUUUGGAAAACACAGGAGUGGAUUAUUUCAUUUACGCUUUUACUGUGGUUGAAACUUCAGGAAAAUCGAUUGAUUAUACGGUUGUAUCUGGCAAUGAAAAAGGCCUGUUUGGUCUGGGACAGGACCCCAGCCGUGAUGCCUUUGCUGCUUGGCCAGUGGAAGUGUUGCAUUUCACAUUCUUAAGAGCAGAGGGCCCAUGGAAGUAUCCAAAGAGCAACAAAGGCACAAGAGGUCACUUUAGAUUGGAUCCAAAAAGUGGUCAGCUGAGAACAGCAAUUAAUUUGAACUAUGAGGAAGCUUCUCAGUAUGUGAUUUUAAUUGAAGCAAAGGAAAAUCUCUCAUCUGCUGCCAAAGUCCAGCGUUCAGGUCUGUUUGCUCAGAACGUGGCGAUGCUGACAAUCUCGGUGCAGGAUGUAAAUGAAGAGCCAGCAUUUUUGAGUGAUGCCUACUCUGCUCGGAUACCAAACUCCGUGCUGUACAAGUACCCGGCCACAGAUCCAGAUUCAGGAGACAACGGACUUUUGCUGUACAGCUUAGCGAAUAAUCAAAUGAACGAAUUUGACAUCGAUGAAAACACAGGGCAGAUUUUUACAGUUGCUGUAGCAGAAAAGACUGGAACAUUUUUACUGGAAGUCCAAGCUGCAGACCAAGGCACAAGAAGACUCACGGCCCGGACAACAGUCAACGUAACCGUUGAUUCCAGUUCCAGUAACAACAUUGUGGUGGUGGGACUUAAUCAGAAGAUCAACGUAGUUGACAGAAACAUUCCUGGAGUAAAAAGGGUCCUGGAAGAUAAACUUGCAUGGAACGUAUACAUCAUUGAUGUUUAUUCCAAUGAGUCUGAAAGAAAAGCAAGAAGCAGCACGGAUGUAACCUGCGUAAAAAUUACUGCUUUUGAUAAGGCAAACCAGGAAGUAUCUGCAGAAGACGUAAAAAGAAAACUUAGGGAGCAGGGGAGUAGCAUUGAGGCAGAACUGGAGAAAAUAUUUUCAGCGGCUGUUACUGUUGCCAUAGAAGAGGCUCCUGCAGACUCGGCAACUCCUGAACUCAUUGCAACGAUCGUGCUCAGUGUUCUGCUAGCCUGCACCCUCGUAGCCUUCCUGGUAUAUGUACUUUUUACUAUAAAAAGGAAAAGAAAGUAUACGCAACAGUAUUUGGUUAAGAAGCAAGCUGAAAUUAUAGAGGGUAUUGAUAAUCCACGUGCAAUUGACGGAAGUGGAAGUCUGAAAAGCCUACAGAAACUAGAGCACACGAAUAAUGUGAAAACAGAAACAAUAGCCUUUAGCAACAUGGAAGACACCAAAGGAGGUGAUGCUGACAAAGACGUAACUCAGGACCAUGAAGCAUGCAGAUACCUUGAGACACUGCUGUUAGAUUGCAACAGUGAACACGACGAAAAGGUAGCCUCUGAAAAAGCCAUUGAACCUCGAAAUGGAGAUGCCCAGCCCACUGCAGAAUUCACACCAAAACAGGAUUGCUUUCUGACAGACACAAAUAAAGAGUCAGCUCUUUCCUUAGCACCUGAUCCCACAACGCCUGCCCCUGAAAAAGGACUGAAAGGAGUAAAAUUUUCAGAAGUGGCAAUUAUUUUGGACGUGGAGCCUGACGAUGAUGAGCCUGACGACGAUGAACCUGACAAUAGUGAUACCAGCUGGUCGAAGAGCAAGCUGAAGGAGGUGCUGGUGGGGCUGGUGGUGGAGGGCGAGGCCGGGCGCUGCGAGAUCAGCGACCUGAAACACGUGGAAGGCGAAGCGUCCUGCAACAGCCGCAAAGGGAAACUCAUCUUUUUCUACGAGUGGAACCUGCGCCUCGGCUGGAAAGGUACAGUGAAAGAGUCUGGUGAGAAACAUAAGGGAUCUGUUGAAAUUCCUAACCUCUCAGAAGAAAAUGAGGUAGAUGAUACAGAGAUAAACGUUAGCAAAAAGAAAGGGGAAGGCGAUGUUCUGAAGGACCUCAUGAGAACUGAAGGGACCACAAAAGUCAGAGAGGCCCUGAGAGACUACCUGAAAGCACUUAAAACAGAGUUUACCUUGGGAAUGAUUCUGCCAACAAAAGCUGCCGUUGGUCAGGAGCUGGCCGCUGAGCGAAAACUAAGUGGGAACACCGUGCAAGAUUCUGUUUCACCGCAGUCUUUGGAGAUAGUUGGGGUGAAAAUUCCAACAGUGAAGAUACUGAUGAGAGAAAUAUUCAACUCUCCAGCAGACGAACUUUAUAGCAUCUUCACAACUAAGGAAUUGGUACAGAAGUUCUCUAAAUGUCCUGCUGUGAUUGAAGCCGAGAAAGGAGGCAAACUCCAGAUGUUUGAUGGCUGCGUCAGCGGUGAAUACGCAGAAUUGGUCCCAAGCCAAAGAAUCGUCCUGAAGUGGAGGUGUAGAAACUGGCCUGACGAACAUUACGCAACGGUGGCCUUGAAUUUCAAGGAUAUGGCUGCUCAAACGGAACUGCAGUUCGAGUGCAAAGGAGUGCCUGUCUCCAACGAAGACAGCACCAGACGAUGUUGGAAGCAGCAGUAUUUUGAAGAAAUACGUAUUUUACUGCAGCAGUCCCAAGACAACAUGGAAUGACGACAGCGCUGUAGUUUUGUUAGGGCAUUACUUUUUAUACUCAGUUAACGUUUGGUUUUUUUUAAAAAAAAAAAAGUAAUUUAUUUGUGGGAAGAAUAAAGACCCACUUCUACGAUACUGUA